CUACUCGCGCUUUCAAUGUAAUUUUAAGCUUCGAAUUUAUAAGCCUACGUCGACUAACGCGUUCAUUUCAUAUUCAAAGCUAUAAUCUCAGGGUAUCGACUUCUUUGGAACGGGGGCUAUCAAACGCGUCGCGGAUUCAAGGACAGCUGGUCAAGAUACCAAGAAACAUUCAAGCAACCAACUUGUAGGCUUUCCUACCGCCGGUGCUUGACCAUCAUUCGAACGAGAUCCUUGUAUAUUACGACUCAGAAUCAUCCAGAACAGAUUGUCUUCCUUCCAACCGACAAGAUGCCGCCGGCCUAUACCCCGAGUCAGAAGAGCGCGAUUGCAAGCUUCGCGGAGCUUACACAGGCGAGCAACAGUGUUGCAGCAAGGAUACUUAAACAGCACGCUUGGAACGUUGAAAGAUCUGUAGAUGCGUUCUUCCAAGGGUCGACGGGCAGCAAUUCCACAAGCUCAGCCAUAGCCAGUGCCCUCAACAAACAAUUUGACAGCAUCAGAGACGCGCCUGCAGAAAAUCCAGAUGGUAUAGGAGUUGAGGGGUCAAUGGAGUACCUGGGAGCCCUUGGUGUCGCACUAGAUGAGGUGGUUGUUCUUGCUAUUUUCGAAUUAUUACAAUCGCCAGUCAUGGGAGAAUUUACACGAGAAGGAUUUGUAAAUGGAUGGAGAUCCGUCGGCGCCGAUUCAAUCUCAAAACAAAAAGCACAUGUCACUCACCUACGCGAGACCACCAUGGUCCAAGAUUCGGCCUAUUUCAAAAAAGUCUACAAACACACCUUCCUCAUCGCCCGCACUCCCGGCCAGAAAGCAGUACCACUCGAGGUGGCCACGGAAUAUUGGCGCCUGCUCUUCUCCUCGUCGACAGCAUGUGUCUGGCGCACACCCAACACCCCUUGGCUUGAUUGGUGGCUCGAGUACCUAGAAGCUCGCUGGAACAAGACCGUCAAUCGCGACAUGUGGGACAUGACAUAUGCAUUUGCGCUCAAAUCGCUCGAUGACGAGACCAUGAAUUGGUGGGACGAGAACGGCGCAUGGCCCGGAGUCCUUGACGACUUUGUGAUAUUUGUCAAGGAAAAGCGCGGAGAACAGACGGGAGCAUGAUAUCCGAUGUGUUGAGAUUAGACAUGUAUGAAGGAUACAAUUACUCGAAAGUAUCCUCUUAGAGCCGGGAGACUAGAAGAGAGUUCGUACAUAGUUUUUAUGAAGUGUAGUACUGUGCGGUUCAAGCAAGAAAUAUCCGCAAAGCGAAAUGCAAUGGUAGA